AUGGCCCGUGACCGCGGGCCGCCCGUGCUGCGGCCGCCCGGCGCCGCCGCGCUGCCCGCCGAGCCCCGCGGCUGGGGCUGGCUGGGCGCGGGGCUGUGGCCGGCGCUGCUCGUGGGGCUGCUGGCCGCCGUGGUGGCCUGGCUCUGGUACGGCAGCAGCGACGGCAGAGCCGAGGCGGGCGGCGAGGAGGCGGCGGCCGGCACAGAGGGGCCCCGGCGGGCGAGCGCGGCGGCCGCAGAGGAUGCUGCGGCGGGCGGGGAGCCGGCGGCUGCUGCCCCGUCCGGCCCUCGGGAGGCAGGAGAGGAUCUGGCGGCUGUUUCACGGGAAGAGUUUAACCACGUCCCGAGCGCUGCGGUGCCGGGCGAGCCUGUGGAGCUGGAGCAGCUGAUCCCGAAGCACGGUGUCACGGAGCCGGGGCAGCAUCCGGCUGAUGUGGCCGGCAGCCAGGCUGGCGAACUGGGAGCCCAGGUGGGACAGGCAAGUGACGGAUGGUGCGUGAUGAACUUGGCAGGAGCUUCUGACGAUGAGUGUAAGGACAGGAGUGAGGAGCAGCCAGCAGAGAGGAGGGACUUGGACCACGAAGAGUGGGAAGUUGUUUCUGAGCACCUGGUCCAAGGGGAGGAUGGCAAGGAUGGCAGCAUGGAAGACUCGGACAGCAAGGAGUGGGAACAAGGAGACUGCAGUGAUGGGGACUCGAAAGCCAAGAGAGUUGCAGCCGUGCCCCCCAUGUUCCAGAACAUCCACGUGGCUUUCCGUGUGCACUACAUCACCCACUCCGAGGGGCAGCUCAUCGGGGUCACGGGGGACCACGAGUGCCUGGGCCAGUGGCACAGCUACAUCCCCCUCAAGUGUGACAAGGAUGGCUUCUGGUCCCAGUCCAUCAGCCUGCCCGCAGACACCCGGGUAGAGUGGAAAUUUAUCUUGGUGGAGAACGGGAAGGUCAGGCGCUGGGAAGAAUGCAGUAACAGGACCCUAGUGACUGAACACGAAGAUCAAAUUGUUCAUCAGUGGUGGGGAUACCAUUAAUGGGAAGGUGGAAGCUGCUGAUCUAAUGGCAGACCUGGCUAGGUGAAUCACCGAGCCCCUAAACCUUAGGGGGGCUCCCCUUCUUCUCUAGGAGACCCUCUCAAGUGCAGAGCUCUGGCAAUCCCCUAUCGAACCACGUAAGCAGCAGAUCUCUUUAGGAAAUCUUUUGGCAACCUGAAAAGUCAGCUUUGAGUGCGUGCUGAAGGGACACAAGGUAGGCUGAGAAGGCACGAGCAGCAUUCCAAGCACCUGCCUGGCCAGGUGGAUCUGGACCCUGGACUGGAGUUAGUGCUGCUUUGAGUGGGGCUGUGGGAUGCAUCUUGGUACCCACUGCUUGGGCUUGGGGAGCGUACUGGGAGGCGUGGUUACCAACACUGUAACAGCAACUUAAGAGUUUUAAUUGAUGUAAUGUGUUAAGGAAACAAUAAACAUUUUCAGAUUGACAGUUCAUUACCAA